AUGCGCCUCCUAUGUGAGACGUUUAACCGAGCCCUCAGCACCAUCGAUCGCACGUUCAAAGUAGUAGAAGUUGGUGCACGUGAUGGUCUCCAAAAUGAGGAGCAAAUUAUCCCUGCUGAGGAUAAAAUUGCUUUUAUUAACAGGCUGAGUAUGUGUGGCUUCCAAAGCAUCGAGGCAACAAGUUUUGUCUCCCCGAAGUGGAUUCCUCAAAUGGCUGAUCAUCAAGAAGUUAUCCAGAAAAUUACGAAAUAUCCGGGUGUGUCAUACCCAGUUCUUGUUCCAAAUCGUGCCGGAUUAGAUAAUGUGUUAAAAAGUGGUGUCGUCGAAGAAAUCGCUGUAUUCGGUGCUGCUUCCGACUCCUUCUCUAAGAAAAAUGUAAACGCUAACAUAGAGGAUAGUCUGCAGAAGCUGCAGGAUGUCACGAAAGCCGCCUUAAGAGAGGGGUUACGAGUGAGAGGGUAUGUAUCAUGUGCGAUAGGUUGUCCAUAUGAAGGGAAAGUUGAUAGUGCUGUUGUAGCUAAGGUCACAAGCGCUUUGCUAGAAUCUGGUUGUUAUGAAGUUUCCUUGGGUGAUACUAUCGGUGUUGGAAGUGCGGGAUCGGUGGCUUCCAUGCUUGACACUGUCUUACAGUCUGUUCCUGUUGCAAAGUUAGCUGUCCAUUUCCAUGAUACAUAUGGUCAGGCCCUGGCGAAUGUCAUUGUUGCCAUUGAGAGAGGCAUUCGUGUGGCCGAUUCCUCCAUUGCUGGUCUGGGAGGAUGCCCCUAUGCUAAAGGAGCAACAGGAAAUCUUGCCACUGAAGAUCUGGUGUAUAUGUUACACGACAUGGGAUUCGAUACUGGAAUUGAUUUGGAGAAAGUAAUUGAGACAUCGAUAUGGAUUUGUUCCAAAAUGGGCCGAUCGAAUGCUUCCCGAGCAGCAAGAGCGUUAAUGGCAAAACGUUCGAAGGACUAG